AGAGGCAAUCCUCGCGCCACUAAGCCCUUUGGUGAAAGCAGUUACCGGCGUAUUGUGAUUGCCAUCAAUCUGGCCGGUAAUCCACCAACAACGCCGUACGGAGGUCAGGGAUGCUUUCAGGACCGCGGACAGCAGCUGACAGAUCAAAACUCCCAUUCUGUCACGAGUCUUUUCAUAAUCUGCAGGAGCUGAGACAUAGCGCCUCACUGGCCAACAAGGUGUUCAUCCAGAGAGACUACACUGAAGGUACCAUAUGCAAGUUCCAGACCAAGUUCCCAUCUGAGCUGGAGAGCAGGAUCGAGAGAACUCUGUUUGAAGAUACUGUGAAGACGCUGAAUAACUACUAUGCGGAAGCAGAGAAGAUCGGAGGGCAGUCAUACCUGGAAGGCUGCUUGGCUUGCACCACUGCCUACCUCAUCUUUCUGUGCAUGGAGACAAGAUACGAGAAAGUUCUGAAGAAGAUCUCCCGCUACAUCCAGGAGCAGAACGAGAAGAUCUAUGCCCCUCGAGGCCUCCUUAUCACAGACCCCAUUGAGAGGGGCAUGAGAGUUAUUGAGAUUUCCAUCUAUGAGGACCGCGGCUCCAGCGGCUCCAGCUCUGGCAGCAGCUCCACCACCUGCAGCAGUGGCCGAUGACCGCUGCCUCCGAGAGCUACUUCAUGGGCCCCACCUAAAACACUACUCCUCACCUGCUUACUUUUAUUUUACUUAGACACACACACACACACACACACACACACACACAUACACACAUACACGUACGCACAAUGCACACACAUGCAGCAUACACAAGUACACCCACAUACUCUCUCAUUGGGCCUGCAACCUUUUGUGCCAGACACCACCAUAUAUCAUCGAUGUGAAUGGAUGUCAGAUCCUGAGAUGGAUCUCACCGCACUGCACCACACCACAGCCAAACCAGAAGAGGCUCAUUCAGCCAGGCCUUUAACCUGAACAACCAUCCUGAGAUGACCAAACUGGACCUUUGAUUACACCUAAACUGCCUGAAAAUAGAAGUGUAGGGUAGCAAAGCCACCCAUGUCCACAGAACAUCACAAACUAUGGGAGCAUUAAUGACAGGGCGUAGCUUCAGUUUGUGCCACAGAACAGUGCAACCUCUCUGAAGUUGCUCACUAGUGAAAUGAGCCGCUAGACUUCGCACUAUGGACCAAGUUUACAUAGACCUCUAUUGUUCUUUUAUGCAAAAUAACACAUGGCAUUGAUGUAGCAACGGUUGGAAACUAGAGGAAUUGAAGUAAGUCUUCCACAGGACAAUAGAUGGUUCCCAAUGUUAUUUUCCGCUCUGUUCAACUUCUGUUUGUACUCAGUGCUCAUCAGAUUUCCAAAGAACCAUUCAUAACUGCCAUGAACCCAGCCUCCUUGGUAGACAGUGUUUUUUAAGCCUUUUUUCAUAUUAUGCAAAUGUGUGAAUUGUAUUUCUUUAAAGUGCUAUCACUGAAAUAGCGUUUUGCUGCAUUGAUGAUCUAGUAAAGAUGACACAAACAGUCACUUGCCUAGCUGA